UUUUUACGCGAUCGCUGCAGGACCUGCCGAGUAUAACGGCAAACGAUGUACAUCGGAUCAUCCAGACCACAUCGAAGACACCAACAUCAAAAAAGGACAAAGGUUUUAAAUUGUAUGUGUCCAGCUAUAUAAACAACUACGAAGAUUGUGCUAAGGGAUUCAAAGCCGGUGGUGUUACUGAGAUGCCAGUGUACCUGUGUGGCAGGUACAGCCUUGUGCAGUCAUGUGGCAGCUCUACUGUACCAGACGGCGCACUACUCCCAGCUGAGGCUUAUAUCAGUUCCCCCAGUGUUCAGCUGCACAGAAACUGAACAAAAGUGGCAUAAACCAAGGACCAUGGGUAUUAAACCUGGUCCAGUUAAUGACAUGGUCAUUAUAUCAGCCAGACCAAAAGAAAGGAGACUUGCAGAAGGAAUCAGAAGCAACUUGUAUAAAGGAGUUAUCUGCCCUCUGCCAGACAUCUCCACUCUGAAAGUUCAGGAGGCGUACCAUGGACUUAGUGCAGACGAAGCUCCCAUGAUCACAGCAAUGGCUAUCUCGAGUGAUGUACCUCUGAUUGAGUCCAUGUUCGGUCCGGUGCAGGAGGGAAGUGUGCUUUCCUAUCAGCUACCAGUAAUGGCAGUCCCCAGUACCCGUCCACACACAGGUGCCCCUUCUCCCCCACAGCUGCCACUCUCGGAUUACAGACUGGGACCCCCUACCUGUGCAUUUGUGUUUUCUGAACAUCAGCACCAUCAUCUGGCAUCCCUUGCGACAUCUUUUGAGACGGCACACAAAGUUGAAAAAAGCACGCGAGAGCAGAGUUCCUGCGCUGAGUGGCACCAACUAAGGAGGUGCCGCAUCACCUCUACUAAAUUUAGAGAAGUUUGCCACACCAGGGGGAAAGCUCUGCUGAAAACCUGGCAAAAGGCUUCUGGGAUCUUGCCAUCAGACUGCUGA